AAGAAAAAAGAACUCCCUGAAAUCCGCAACAAGCUCACUGUAACCUAUACUCAAACAGAGAUAUGACCACGACCGUACCAUUGGUAUACUCGUUCCCUGAGUUCUUGGGUGUAGCCGAGGCGGUGGCCGACCAUGUAAUCACCGCACAAAACAUGACGCUCUACAAUACACUUGAUCCCAAGCAAAUCGGGUUGAUCAAGGAACAACUUCUUGCCCGUCCUCAGCUCUUCAGCUCGCUUUCCACUAACUCCAUCAACAACUCGUCGUCAACCACAAGCCUCAAAUCUAAGUCGCUGAAAAAGAAUAAGGUCAAAGAUAUCCGCUUCAAAAUCGCCAUAAGUGGCGGGUCCUUACUUAAGAUCUUGAAGCAAGGGUUGAUCCCACGACAAAAGGAAAUCGAUUGGGCCAAGUGGGACAUUUACUUUGCAGACGAAAGGUUGGUACCGUUUGAUUCUCCCGACUCCAACUAUGGCCUGGCCAAGAGGGAGAUUUUCGAUUGGAUCACUACCGACCACAAACCCAACGUCUACCAUAUAGAUGAAACACUUAUUGAUGAUCCUCAAGAGUGUGCCGACAGCUACGAAAAGAUUUUGAUUGGGAACUUCGCCAAGAAGGACUCUGUCAAGUUGCCGAUGUUUGACUUGUUGUUGUUGGGAUGUGCACCAGACGGACAUAUUGCUUCAUUAUUUCCCAACCAUGGCGAGCAAUUACGGGAGAAGUUAGCCUGGUGCUUGCCAGUAUCACUGGCGCCUUCAGGGCCCGAAAAUAGAAUCACCCUCAGUAUCCCGGUGAUUUGCCAUGCGCAAAGAGUGACCUUCGUAGUAGAAGGAUUGACCAAGGCGCCUGUUAUGAGAAUUAUCAUGGAGAGACCAGAAAAGGGCUUGCCAAGUUCCAUUGUGAAUGAAGGUGCAGCAGGAAAAGUCACUUGGUUUGUCGACGACGAUGCAUUAAAGGACUGCUAUGACGUUACCAAGAAGAAGUAUAAGUUUUUAUCGACUCCCAGCUUGUAAUGGGAUAAGACUUUCUUUCUCCUUAUGAAUUAAUAAUUAAUAUUGACUCCAUGAUUGCAGAUAGCUUCCGGAGCUCGGGUACCUUCGGAUUUCUCGAUUCCAUGAUCUUAGGAUUUCACUUCAUUCCUUUAUUAUAAAUCAACCAGCAAUAUGUCUAUAGAUUUUUGUACUCCAAUACACUUCUGAGAAAAUGAUUGCAUUAGCGAGUGCAUGUGCAAUCGGUCAGGGAUCCAAAUACGCCAUAGGGAUCCCACCACUCACCAUUUUUACCCAUCUAAGUACAUUUAUAUGUGGUUAUUCUUAACUUUUGUGGGAAAACUAUUUUGGGAAAGAUUAUUGGCAAUGCUGGUGAAGGAUUUCAGGUCAGUUUUAGGGCAGAUAUUGAUGUGAGAAAACCUCGUCUGACAACACUGUAAGUUCCAAAGCUUUUGGUGCCAGUUGACACAAAUAUAGUUAGAAGCAUCACAUGUACUAUACUCUAUCACAUAGCACCGUAGAGUUAUCCUCCUUUAACCAUACCUUACUACCAGUGUCAAUUCUCUCUUACAAAGUGGUGUGGUUUCUUGCAAUGGUCAACUCUUGCGCCAGAAUCUGC